AUGAAUGCGGCAAUACCAGCGACACCGCAUCCAGCCACACCUGCUUUUCCUCCGCAUAACAUUCGAAGCCUGAAAGCAGCGAGCGCCGGCGACUGUGGACCUGUUCAAUCGCACAAACCUACAAGUACGUGUCCGGUACCCGGUCGAUACCAUACUGCGACUCCCUACCCGAACCAGGGACACCACGAAACGCAGAUUCUAGGUCUAGGGGGUUUCCCCUGGUGUGUUGGUUGGUACAGGCUAGAGGGUUAA